GCUCAGGAAGCGCGCAGCGCGGCGAUCGCCGGUGCGCUGUGUCCAUCGCACACAGCAGAUCACGGAAAGAGCCGAAGAUGUCGGCUCGGUCAUGUGAUCAGCUGUGUCCAAUCACAGCUGAUCACAUGGCACUGAUGAUCAGUGUGCCCUGAUGAUCAGUGUGGCCCCAGAAGUGCCACCUGUCAGUGUCCAUCAGGGCCAGCAGUCAGUGCUCAUCAGUGCCACGUGCCAGUGCCCAUCAGUGCCACAUCAAUGCCACAUAUCAGUGCAUACCAGUGCACAUCAAUGCCACAUAUCAGUGACCAUCUGAGCUGCCUUUCAAUGUCAUCCAUCAGUGCCACCUAUCAGUGCCAGUCAGUGUCGCUUCUCAGUGCCGCCUAUCAGUGCCACUCAGUGCCGCCUAACAGUGCCAGUCAG